GAGAUGACUUGGAUGUAGGAGAAGAGAUGUGAAGAUAAUAGGGAGAUAUCCAAAGAUGUCAGGGUGCUGGAGUCAGGUCGGAACCUUGAUGGUUGAUUAGUCCGAAGCUAUCGCCGGAUCGCGUCCCAUAGUCAACCACCGACAAGACGUCAUUAAAGUACCAAUUAUUCGUGUCGAUAUAAAUUUCAAAUCAACAUCUACACCAUCCAACAACUAUCGCGACAUAUGAUGAUAGGACUAUGAAGCCCGCAUGACCAUUCACGUGGUCCAAAGCGCCUGACCUUGUGAGAAGAUGCCGUUCGCGGACGUCCAGCAAUCCACCACUCAAUAAGAACUCGAACCUACGAUCCAACUCGGAGAACCAUUUCUCUCCAUGACCUCCCUCCGUCAAGCGUAUGCUCAUAUACGAGAUCCAUCCCACCUUACUCCUCCAGAAACCUCCCGCAGUAGUGGCACUACCCAUCGCUCUCCGCCAACACAUCCUACUGGCGACGAUCCAUCCGUCUCCAAUCCCGCUCCACGCUCGGCUCGCAAGAAACGGCCCACUCGACGAAGCGCGAAACCAGUAUGGCAAAAGCUCUUGUGGGUGCCGCAGGAAUUCCCCGACAACUACACCGAUGAGGCAACCUUCUUAGACCAUCUUCAACGCAAUCCGCAGUUGCGUUCCUAUGAGUUCUGGCCCUUGGCUGCGGAGAGCACGGUGAUUGUGCAACAUGUUUGCUCGGUAGCAAUCUUUGCAUGCUGCUUUGCGGGGAUAUACCAGGAGAGGACAUCACCGUUUACAAUCGCCUACUGGGGAAGCGGAGCCACCAUUCUGGGAUGGGUGUUCUGCGAGUACUGGCUGGGUCAUGACGAGACGAGGUUUGACCACGGUCCCGAGGGCGAGAACGAGGAUGAGAGGGAGCACGAUCUUCCUACCAAUGCGACAAACUCGCCUUCUGCGAUGUUAGAUGAAAAGCAAGGCUCGGGGUCUACGAAUGGAACGAAGGGUCACGAAGCGGUCCCAAUAUCGGGUGUCACUCUCACAAUGCUCUCCGUCCCUACCCAAACUCGAUUAACCACCAUAAAGUCCGGUAUCCUUAUCUACUGUACUCUCCUAGGCCUUUCCCCGAUUCUCAAGUCCCUCACCAAGUCCACUUCUUCCGACUCCAUCUGGGCAAUGUCCUGCUGGCUUAUGAUCAUCAAUGUCUUUUUCUUUGACUACUCCUCCGAAAUUUCUGCCAAAUUCCCGGCUUCUUUAUCUAUGAACGCCGCAGUGAUGGCCAGUACUGUCUUAGCCAGCCGGUUAACGAGCACGACGGAUGUGUUUCUUCUGAUGUUGUUCUCCAUCGAAGUGUUUGCUCUGUUCCCAAUCUUUCGGCUCGACCUACGGCGGACCAGCUGGCAGGCGCAUUUGUCACUAACGGUGGUCUUAGUUGGCAUGGCUGGGAGCGGACUUGGGGUUACGGUGUCUGGCGGCCGCUGGAAGGCUGGCGCCAUCGGGGCAAUUUUGGGAUAUAUCAUCACGAGCCUGGCUAUGGGCCUGUGUAGUUGGUGGCUCAUUGGCCUGCAGAAGUACAAGAACGAGAUAUAUGGACCGUGGGAUCCUGCGCGGCCCGUUAUCAGGCGGCCCUGGGCAUAGCCUUUCUUGUAUACCAGAUGACGACCAUAGGUACCAAACAAAGUUCGCGUUAUACUGCCACAAGCGGACGGUUGGUCACUCUCCUGAUUGGAAUCUCAACUGGUUACCGUACUACAAUGCCGUGAGUGGGAAAGGUUUAGGUCAAAAGGACUCUCAGAUCUGCCAGCCCUGAUGAUCUAAGCCAUAAACUUCGUCUACC